UUUUGUUGUUGACAACGCCUAAGCCCAACGUAAUUUGGUUUGCUUUCUAGAUUAGCUAAUUACUGCUACAUUUGACGUUUGAUGACUUCUUCAAAUAAUAUGAUCAGUUUGAUGAUUAUGUACGAGGAUGAGUCUGUGAACAUCCGUUAUGGAGAUGAUUCCAGUUUGCACUUGUCGCCCUGUGGCUCAGAGUUCGUGCUGGAAAAAUCUCCACCACCUUCUGCACAUCCUCUCCAGUCUAGUGAGAAGGUUCGGCAGAGAACGAGGUUCACCACAAGCAACUACAAGGACCUGAUGCUUAGUGCCUUGGAGUUCAGGAACAAGUAUGCCGCACGACCUUACCUGCCAGAAGAACUCUUUCCUGAAAGCCAAAAAACACAGGUCUGCAGCAUGUUCUCCAAAGUGGAGUGGCCGGCAUGUCAUUCCAGCAACCCAGAGGUGGGAUCAAAUGGAGAGAUCAACGUCCACUCAGUGGACGGGAAGGCUAGUCUGCUGCUUUCUCCCUCUGGGGAGGAGUUCUUUGUGCACUUUACUUGCAGACUCAGUCAAAAAAAGCACUGCAGGCCUGAGAGCCAAGACCCAGAUACGUCUGUCACUGAACAAGCACUGCAGGACCCACAACCCUCCAGGUCACAGACUCCUUUUCAACAGAGUAAUGCUUGUGCUGAUCAGCUGAAGGCAGACGAGAGAGACCUGACCACAAGAGUGGUCCAGCACCACUCUGUCUCCUGUGUUCUCCCUGUGUGGAGUUACCCCCUGUCUCUGGCCCUUCAACGCUGGAGCACUCCAUGCCCUGGAGAAAGGAACAAGGAAAGAGCAGAAGAGACAAACAGGGGAAGACAUCAGACUGAGACAAAGGCAAACGCAUACAAAGGAGAGAGGAUGUCCAACCUGCCUGAGGCCCUGCCUAUCAGAUGCUACUCCCCACAUCAGCACAGGUGGAAUUUCAGGGACUCACUUGUCCAAGCUAACCAGGACGUGGAGCCACACCUCCCUGCAGAGCAGGUUAAAGUGUUAUGGUGCCAAGGUGUUGUCUACAGGAUAGUUGCUGGAGCUAUCCCAGUAGUGGAGGUUUCUCCAGGGGAUGGUUCAGUCAUCAGGUCUAAUGGAGUGCUGACCAGCUACUUCACCCACCACAGAGCUGGGCCUGGACUGGUGAAAGAUGUGACGUACCACCUGAGUAGCCUCCCCCCUGACAGCCCUGGGCAGGUGUACUCUGUGAGCUCCGUGGUGACCCGUGCCUGCAGGAUCCUAAACUGCUAUAACCAGGCCAAGGACACUCUUAAACUCCAUCUUACACCUAGCUGUUUGCACAAGGACAUUAGUUCAGAGACAAAAUCAUUUGUACAGGAUGUACACAUUCCUGAAUCUGGUUAUAUUAAUACUCCUGAGUCGGCACAAAGCAGGCCUUACUGUGUUGCUGAAGAGUUGGAGAAGAUCAGACGCUUCAACUUUCUGUUGGAAAACAGUCAUCUGCUUGGAGCCCAGAUGGGUCCUACAGGGGAAGGUUGUGGUUUUAGUGGUUCUAAAGAGAAUGCAUCCCACUUUAAGCCGAUGGAAGAGAGCAAUAUAAAUGAAGCCCUACAGAGAACUUCCAGAGCAAUUCAAGAUAUCGACAAGCUCAUCUCAGCCACGGCACUCACUAGAGACACAGCUUCAUGAUGUAUCAUUUAGGCUUUGUUGGCAGAAGAAGCUUGGAAAUUAGGAAUUUGAAAAUUAUUAAUUUGGCUUGUCUUGAAUUUCUGUGUAAGCCAUGUUUGUAAGCAUCACGUGCAGCUUUGGGAUUGUGUAUAGACCUGCCAACCAGAGAAAAGAAAGGGUCAGCAGAGAGGCAUCCGACUGUUCUCAGGUGGCACUGCACCAUCAAUCAAAGCCACUAGUACAAAUGAAAAACAACAACACACCGCAUUUCACCUUCUAAAACCAAUGGCUAUUAGAAACCCAUCUGAUACAGUAUGGGAUCAUGUUAUGACUAUAUAGCCUAUGAAAUAAGUGCAUCAUUGCCUCAUUCUGUAAUUGCAUAGCAGAUUCUCUCUCCCCUUCAAACUUCUUUUGUCUGGUUUUUUUUAUAGGAUAUAUCCUAGGUCAAUAAAAAGGGUUGACACAGGUUUUACAAUAUUAUGGGGAAAUUGCAUUUACCCCUAUUAGCCCAAUUUUUUGGUAGAGGCACCGUUGGUUGUAAUUAUAGGCAUGACUGUAGAUAAAUCUAUACCAGCUUUGCACAUAUCGACACAGCAAUUCUUGCCAAUUUUUCUUUGUAAAAUUGCUCAAGCUCUGUCAAGUUAGACCUUUGUAGAAUAGCAAUUUUCUACUCUUUCCACAUAUGCCCAAUUGGAUUGAGGUGCGGGCUCUGACUGGACCAGUCAAGGAUAUUUCAAACUUGUCCUGAAGCCACUCAAGCAUUGUCUUUGGGUCCCUGUCAUCCUGAAAAAUGAAUCUUCACCUCAGUCUGUGGUCCUGUGAAUACUUCCAGUGGGCACUGUAAAUAUUUGUAAUUUGAGAGUGAAAAAAUGAAAACAAUCUGAUAUAACAGAUUUCAUAGUUUAUCUCAUACCUGGGGAAGUUGCUAUAGUUAUAAAGGGGAAGUUGUACGAUAGGGAAAAAUUAAAUAAUGUGUCUAUUUGAAAACAAUUGAGAGUAGCUUGCAAUACUUUUCAUCUAAUGAUAGUAGAAACUGAAUAAAGUCACAGUACACUAAAUAGUAUGGUGGUAGUGGCGUGGUGAUAGAAGUUUGAUGGCAGUUUCUUCUGAUAACCUAUUACAACUAUAAUGUUUUUAAACGAUUUCAUGAGGCUUCUUUAAAGAUAGUCCUGAAAAAUUUUUACUCAACAUGGCGUUCGUCCAUUUCACAUACACUUCUCAUUGAAAAAUGCAAUAAACAAGAAAAC